CGAGUGAGGCGUUAGUCUGCCUCUGACAUUCGCCGCGCUCGCAGGUUUCGAGAAUGUUUCGUGCCGCCGCGCUGUCCCUGAUAUCAGUUUUCGUGCUCUGCUGCCAUGCCCAGCGGCCCCAAGGACCCCCUCCGAACAGAGACACGAUUUAUUUUCCCAUCGAACGAGACAUAUUGUUCCCCGACGCGAACGGGUCCAAUGAGCUGGAGGAUAAGAUGUGGUACCACAUAAGCGAGUUCCACUUCGAUCGAGUCGAGAAUCUGCCCCAGCCCAAGCACAAGCAUCACAUGCCCCCGCCUAGUCCUGGUCAGCCCUUUCCACCGCCUCCAGGUGGCUUCAAAAAGAAGAAGAACAGGCGACGGCGUCGCAUCUGUGAGCAGAAAUACUCCGAGUAUGUGGAACGUAUCUUUCCCAAUGACACCGCCGUAGCAGACGACGCCAACGACGCCGACUUCGAUGGGCGCAUACUGGCGAGGCCUGGUGAAUACCCACAUAUGGCGGCAGUAGGCUUCGAGGCGGACACAGGGCAAAUCCAAUACAAGUGCGGUGGCAGCUUGAUAAGCGAGAACUUUGUGCUGACCGCCGCCCAUUGUACUUCCAUAUACGGCACUUCCCCGAAGUGGGUGCGCAUCGGGGACUUGAAUCUGGUCGCCGAUGAGCGAACAGUGGAGCCGCAGCUCAUGCAGAUAGAGGACAUUUUCACACAUCCCAACUACACAAAUCAGCUGUACUACAACGACAUCGCCCUGCUACGGCUGCAGGGAGAGGUGGAGUUGACUGUGUACGUGAGACCCAUACGCCUGUGGGUAUUCUCCGAGCUGCCCACUUCCAUUGCGUUUGCUAUGGGAUAUGGCUCGACAAGCUUUGCGAAGCCCAUGACGAAUCGACUGACCAACCUGAACUUGACCGUUGUGCCCAAUGCCGAGUGCAACAACGGGCUGCCGCCCAUUUCCGAGACCCCGAACGGCGUGGUGGCUAGUCAAAUUUGCGCACAGGAUUACAUUCUCAACCGAGACACCUGUCAGGGCGACUCAGGUGGUCCCUUGCAGCUGAAUCUGCCGGGUCGGCGUCGUCGCCAAAAUAUUCACUACCAUCUCAUUGGCAUAACGUCGUAUGGAGUGUUCUGCCGCAGCAGCUAUCCGUCGGUGUACACGCGGGUAUCGUCCUUCUUGGAUUGGAUCGAGGGCACAACGUGGAAUGACUCAAAUGAUUAGGUGCGCAAUUUAAUAAAGUAUUCUUUGCCUCGUAGCUUAAGAACUGGAAUUUCGUUUGUGCAUUCGUGGAUGGAGCCCAAGAGAACAUCUUAUGGGUUUUAUACAUUUUAUCAAUUUAUUAUAAAGUUACAUACUCGAACGAUGCACGUUUUCAAAG